AUGAAGAAAGAGUCUGUCAGCCAAGUUCUGAUUGUUGGAUUUGAUGUGAUGCACAAGCUGGGCAUGGGCUUUGAAGAGUUUUUGGAAAUAGACUAUCCAAGGGAGAUUUUGGAGGUUUUGGUGGAAAAAAAUGAAGAUGGUGGUUUCUUAAAGCAUAUGGUCAAUUCUAAGUUCAAUACUGUUUCGUUCUACGCUUCGUGCAAGCUUCUUUCGAAAGGACAUGGACAGAAGCCUACUAUUGAUAAUGUUGUCAGAAUAUUAGAGUCUGCCACUGAUCUAAAACAAGAUUUUCUGCCAUAUCUUAAGUUUAUCGACACAAGCUCUUUCGAGCUUCUGAAUCUCAUUGAUGCAUAUGACUACGAAUUUUCCUCUCAGGUGAUUGACGUGGUUUUCAAAAAUGCUGACGCUUCUGAGUUUAUGAGAAUCGCUGAGUUUCUUCACCAAAAAUAUAUCGAAACGGGCAUGACCUCCGAUAAAAAAAAGGCAUUUAAAAUUCUGCUUCUUGAGAAAAUGGCUGUUUUUGCAUCCACACACUGUGUCUAUGUUGAUGAACUGGUUUCAAGCUGCCUAAAGAAUGCAUUGGAUGCUGAUCCCGAAAUAAUGUAUGCCAGUCUUAGUUUUUUGAAUACCUGUGUAUCCAAAGACAGGUUUAAGAAGCUGAUUCAUGACUUUCUACUCGAAAACUUUUCAAAGCUGAAGUAUGGAAAGAUCAUCAGAAGGGCCUUCGACAUUCUGUCGCUAGAUAUUUCAAAAGAGAACUAUGAAAGGCUUUUGGAUAGUCUGCUGAAUGAUCUGAAUUCGCUGAGAGCACAUAACGGCUCUAAUGCCAAGCAAUUGGAUUUGUGUGAAAUGUCCUCUGUCGCAGCAGUAUCAGACGCUGAAUCACUUGCAUUAUCUAAUCAGUCAGCUCUUGCUGGCCAGCAUGCAGUUCCAUUUUACCUGAGUAAACAGACCGAGGUGUUUGUAGGCGCCCAUAUUGCACUGUGUCUUGUUGGUUCGUACAGGGAUGAAUGGGGCCUAAGUAUUAAAACUGUCGGAACUCUUCUAAGAAUAAUUGAGGUUGGCGAUUUGCAAAAUAUUCUUGAUAUGUCUUCGAAGUCAACGAUUAUUGCAUGUGUAAGGUCAUUGAUUAAUGGCAAAAAGCAAAAGAGAAGCAUUUCUGAGCAAUCAGCUGACUAUGCAAAUGUUAAUGUACUGAAGCCUGUUGAAUUUUCGCUAUUGACAACACCGUUGGCAUUCAAAAAAUUUGGUUGGACCGAUCCGCUCACUUCUGACCAGUUUACAGUUCAACUGAGUGGGCUAGGGGAUCCGCUUUACAUCGAGGCCAACUGUGCUCACUGUAAAUAUGAGAUUUCCCUAGACCUACUAGUCGUCAAUCAAACGUCCUCAUAUCUUCAAAAUAUUUCUAUUGACUUCAAUUUUUCAAAGAACAUUCAAAUGAUCUCGGCUGUUCCUCCAUUCUCGUUGCAGCCAGAUAGUGCAACGACUAUUCAAGCACAGUUUUCAAUACACGAAAGCUUUUCAAGCUUUGUUACUGCCACUGUUACUUUCAAGUACCCAAGGAAAGAUGACUAUAGUGGAAGGCCAUAUGUUCAAAACUUAUCUGAGAUUUCUUUUGAUGUAAAUGAGCUUUUGGAAGGUGCCGAAGUUGAUUUUAAAGACCAAUGGAGAAAUCUUGAAUGGGAGAACAUCUAUUCGAUAUCAAUCAGGAAGAGUUGUGAUGGGCUGUUACAGAAGAUUUCCGAAAGAAUCAAUGGUCAUCUGUGUGGAAAGUUUGAAUAUCUUGAAUCUGUGGUUGGCAAUAUUGCAUGCUAUACCAUCCAAAAGUCGCUCGUUCUGGUAAAUGUGUGCAUAAGCUCAGGCUCGAGUUCGUUGGUUGAGAUACGUGUUAGAUCAAAAAGUGAAGAGCUGGUAAAAAGUAUUAGUGGGCUUUUAUCUCAGUUUUUAAAAUCCCAGCAAUAA